AUGGCGUUCAAAAUCAUCCUAAGUAUCGUACACAAGGAUGGCGAAAUACUCAACCCUAUAGUUAUUCAAUUCGUCGUCGCCCUCACUACAGCGCUCAUGGUGACCCGAUUUGUGCUGGAUGCUUUGCGGCAUCGGUCAACAGGCAAGGCCAUGAGAAUGACUCUGAUCGUUAUGGACGCAGUAACCCAAGCAUUGACCAUAUACAGUCUUGGGAUCAUGCAACGCCCCUCCGAUAAGGACUACUACUACAAGGUGUGGGCUGUGCUGUUGGUCACCCUCCGUUACAGCGUCAAGAUAGGCCGCCCGGCCGGCAUCGCCCUGAAGCAAACCCCGUUGGUAGACCUCAUGUCCUCCUUCUGGUCUGCCAACAUCCUUCGCUCCAAGGCACCCAGGAUUCUCAAGGUAACUGGUUGGCUGCUUUGGUCAGUCAACUCUUUACGCAUCAUCUAUGGUUUUAUCUCCUCUGAAUUUGCCAACGAUAGCCACAGAGAGGAUUUGAGACUAUUAACAGAGUACAUGCGUCAUGAGCACGAAGCUGGUGGUGGGCGUGAUGGUGACCCUGUCACAAUGAAGGGGUACCGGUACUUGGUGCGGGGCGAAGCCAAGAAACGGAAGAUGAAGAAGAACGAAACCGGCGGACAAGCAAGAGAUACUGGUAUGGUGGAGGAAACUGGGAAUAUCAGGAGGCUCUUGCUGGCGUUGAGAGAGGAGCACAAGGAGAUCCUGACGCUUGAGAAGAUCUGGGAGGAGCCGGCCGAUCCGGCUGACGCCCUUGACGAGGAGCUCAAGGACCUUUGCCUCUCCUUUGCACUCUACAAGCUUCUUCGCAGGCGCUUCUUCAACUUCGGCAUCCAUGAGGCCAAGCUGAAAAGGACAAGACGGCUGGUUCUUGAUGGGAUCCUCUGUGAGCCCUGCAACUCCGAAAGGGCGUUCCGUGUCAGCGAGGCCGAGUUGUCUUUCCUCAAUGACUUCUUCAACAGCAGGCAUGCCAUAGUAUUUGCGAAAGGCUUCCCAUUCAUCCGGCUCCUGCUAUCCACCAUUCUGAUAGGAGGGAUUGGAGGCAUGGCGGUUGCUAUCUAUAGCUUUUCCAAGGUUGGCACAAGAGACGAGCUCGGCAAUGUUCAUGGUGGAGUAACUUUUACAUGGUUUCUCCUGUCGUUUCUUUUUGUAAAAGAGACAUGGGAGAUCACAACUUACGUGUUCUCAGACUGGACCAAGAUAAUUUUGUUGUGCCAGUACGUGCAGAAGCCAUGGUGGCUGCGAAGCUCGGUGACCAAGGAUCUUGUGCGGAAGCUCUGUAGGCUCUCUGUGCCCUGGUUGCCAAGAUGGCAUGGAAAGGUUGGCCAAUGCAACAUUCUCUUCCCCUCCUGUUUUGUCUUCCCCACCAAUUUGUUCUUUCCAGAACGAUGUUCCAGGUACUUUGUACAUCUGUCCCAGGAAGUGAAGCAUACUGUGAUCAACUGUCUCAGAGACUGCUUAGCCGAGGAUCCCCCGCGGUUGGACAACUACCUUGAGCGAGCAUUUGGCAAAGUCGGGGUAACUGACGGUUUUCGCGCAAAUUUCACCGAAGUGGUAAAUGGCGUGAAGGAUUCUGUGCACAUUCUGCUGAUUUGGCACAUUGCUACAUGCUACUGCGAGAUUGAUCUCGCUGAAAACAGAAAGGUCUCAGCCAGUAUGUAUUGGAGUGGGCAAGACUUUGGCCGGCGCAAACCUUCGGAAGGUGAUUCAGAUCUUCUGUGGUCUCAGUACAUGAUUGCUAGGACAUUGUCGCAGUACUGUGCGUAUGUGCUCACACUGGUUCCUCCUCUGGUGCCUGGGAACAGCCUAAUGGCCAGGUCGGUGCUGAUAAAGGUGCGUGAAGAAAAAAGUCGCCUUUUCAACGGAAAAUUUAACUCAUGUGCUCCUUGUUAUCAGUCCACCCAAAUGCUUGGACGGCUCAAGAAAUAUGCAUCAGAGGAGAUAGAAUUGUAUAAGAAAAAAGUGGACGGGGGAAAACAGGACGAGGAAAACCAGGAUGGGAAAAAAGAGGAAAAUCUAGACGACACCAUAUUGAAGAAGGGGGCAGAUCUUGGCAAGAAGCUGGCAGAAGCGUUCAGCGGUGACAAGCCGGAAGAUCUGUGGAGGUUCUUGUCAGAGUUCUGGGCAGGAUUUGUUAUCCACCUGGCUGCAUCUACAAGGGCUUCUCAGCACAAGAUAUUUCUGAGCUCUGGCGGGGAGCUCAUGACACAUCUCUGGGCGUUGCUAACCCAUGCCGGCAUCCUAGGGGAGGUCCAGCACGGCGACCAAGACAUUGAUACAGCGCUAACCCAAGGAGACGUUUACGAUCAGAAUAUGCAGUCCUAG